CACAUACCUCUGUAGUAAUGAUAAGCCAUUUCUGAAACAUGAAACAAUCAGUCAGAUCAAGUAAAAAGCACCAAACGGAUUGCCAGAAAAACUGCUGUCGCAUCAGCUCAUUUGAGCCCUUCAAAUAUUAGAGAUGCUACAAACAUUGCUGUUCAUCUUGACUGCCGUUCAAAUGACAGUGAGUUUUGACCCUGAUGAUCCGACUGAUAUCUAUUCCAUCAAUGUAGAAAACCGGCCUCUCACUGGAGAGGCCAGUUUGUGCAUCAGAGUGUUUUUUUUUUUUACUGUCCCUCAAAGUGUCUCAGAUCCCAUUAGGAGAACCUGGUUCAAAGGAGAUCCACAAAACCCAGCUGUUGAAGUUCCUCAUUUUUCCACAAAUGUUGUAUUUCCUCACAAUAAGAGAGAGUGCAACUUUCUGCUAAAAAACUUGGUUCAGGGUGAAUCUGAUGGGGAAUACAGAUUAAAACUGCAGUGGGGAGAAGGAAACGUGUAUAUCUUUCCUCAGACAGUAAACAUUACUGUAAAAGAACUCACCCAGAAGCCAACAAUAAACGUCCCACUGCUCACAGAAGGAGAGAAAGCCGAGAUAUCAUGCAAAGUCCCAGGAUAUUGCAUGAAUCCCACAACAAAUAUUGUGUGGACAGGGAUUGAGCCUGAUGAAGUUAAAAGGAUAACCUCAAGGGUGAUUGGCCGGGAUGAAGUGUUUUCAACAUUGACUUUCCAUCCUAGGCUUGAACAUCACAAUACUAACCUCACCUGCAGAGUCAUUUUUCAAGAAAACAUCCAGACUGAAAGUACUGUCAUCCUCAAAGCACAAUAUGCCCCCAAAAUCCUGAACAGCUCCCGUUGUUUCGUGUGGAGUGAUGAACUGAGCUGCAUGUGUGUCAGCAGUGGUGUGCCGUUACCCCAGAUAUCCUGGCCAAUAUUGAACGGCACCACUAAACACUGCAGUGCUAUUUCAACAGAGAACAUCAUCAGCAUUAGCAACAUCUCCAUUCCUGGUUUCAGGAACAUCAACGCCACUGUUGAAUGUGUCAGUGUCAAUCUCAUUGGUACGACAAAGAUGGAAAUCCAAGUGCACUAUCAUGGUGAAAAACCCCAAGAAAUAAGCUGCAGUUUGUCAACCCCUUGGAUAUUAUUUACCCUUUCAUUUGUUCUAAAUGUCAUCAUUGCUUCCUGUUUGAUUGUUGUCGUUGUAUGGAGGAGAGAAAAAUGUAUGAAACCAAAAGAUGACGACCAUGUCUACAUGACUGCAAUGAAGAGAGAGGAAUCGGUGUACGAGACUAUCAAAAUGUUCCGAUGGAGGAGGGUUUGGGCCCUGGCGUUGUGGCAGCGGCCGGAGAGCUCUCACAGGACUAUACAUCCUAGGUGUAUAGUCAUAUACACCUAGGAUGCCUUGAGGGUGAG